AUGUUAUCAGCAUUCUUCUUCACCGCGUUUAUUUUAUGUUUGUCAAACACUUUACCAUUGUCUGACUUUUUCCCGUUUGGAGAACAGAUAGGUGAUUCCAUUGUGCGACCGAACGAUGACGAAGCUGAAGGGCCUUUUACUUUGCCUCACAUUUUCCCCUAUUUCGAUAAUAAUCAUCGUCAAAUUUGGAUAGCCAAUAAUGGUCUUUUCUCGUUUCUCUCAGCGAUUCAUACGUUUGUACCAGAUCCUUUUCCACUAGCAGAUGAUCAACGUCUUAUAACUGGCUUUUGGUCUGACAUCGAUACGCGAGGUUUAGUUAAUGGUACUGGGAACCGGGUUUAUUAUCAUAUUUACAGCGAUACAUUUCUAUCGAACAUUACAUUAUCAAUAUUUAUGAAAGUCAGGGAUUAUGUACAAAGAUUCUUUUCUCAACAACGACUGUUUGAACCAACAAUGGUGAUCACAGGCACUUGGGAUCGUGUCGGCGCUUACGCUAAUCAGAUAGAUAAAUUGAAUACAUUUCAAAUUGUAUUAGCUACUGAUAGUGAACGAAGUUUUGUUUUCCUUCUUUAUCACGAUUUGCAAUGGGCUGGACCUUCAUAUACCUCAGAACCCUAUGCGCAAGCAGGUUUCAAUGGAGGUGAUGGCAUUUCUUUUGAAAUGCUUCCCCAUUCACGUACGAAAGAUAUAGUACACCUGGUGAAUGAAAGCAAUGUUAAUAUGCCUGGCCUAUUUGUUUUUCGUGUAGACACAGACGAGAUUGAUGCUGGUGGUUGUAGCAGUAAUAUAUCUGUUGUUACUCUACGUCCACGCAUUAGCUCUCAACUAGGAUCUACGGCAUUAAAUAUUCAAGGACCUUGUUUUAGCAAUUCGACUACAAUCAAGUGCCGAUUUGGUUCAUCACCAGAAGUCGUCGACGGGAUAAUAAUUGAUACAUUUCGAGCGAUAUGUUUGACACCUUUUGCUCCCAUACAUGGAUCAGUACCAGUCAGCGUAUCGAUUGACAAUGGUGUUUCUUACAUGCCAGUUAGCAGUUUUACCUAUGCUCCGUUGCAAUUUGGUUCAGAUGAUGUCAUCAUUGAUACAAGAAAUCAAGACUAUCUACUCAAUGUUGUACAAUAUAUUAAUCUCACGUGGCAUUUUUCAGAAUCAACACGAAAUACCUUUCCCAAUGGGACUUCCAUCGAAAUACAACUAGUCGAAGUAAGCCUUAAUAAUCGCUCUCAAUUACAACAAGAAAAUUCACCUAUGAUACUUAUUCAAGAUAUAAUGCCCGAUGUUACCUCGCUUCGUCUCCUUGUACCAGAAAGUAUUGCAUAUAUUAAAGCAUGCUUCAUCCGUGUUGUAGCUUGUUUCAAGAACAAAACAUAUGCUGGGCUCAAUACAGGCAUAUUAGCUGUGCGCAGUCUACCUGCAUUCGCAACUACAUCUUGUGUCGAAUGGUCUCAAGGACAACCUGAACCAUCUGCAUGGAAUGGUGGUAUCCUUCCAUGUCCAAUGACGCGUACACAAGCAGUUGCAGCCGGCCGUUGUUGUUAUGAAUCUGAUAGUCAAUGUUAUAGAAAUAACCUGAAUCAAAAUAAUUGUUGGCUUCAUAGAGCUCGUUCUGAGCUUAAUGAAAGUUCGGCUGUUGAAUGCUAUUUGUCGAAAAGUUCGAAUAUUUAUGGUGCCGGGGCCGAAUGUUGCUAUGAUUUUGAAGGACAACUAAUAACACGCGGAACUGGCUCAGGUACAGAUGACCGAUAUCGACCAAUCGCAUUAGCAGUGCAACAUUUUUUUGAUGAUACAUUACCAUAUCUACAAUGUUGUAUGUUCAGUAAUAAUGCUGAAAAUUGUCAGUUAUAUAUGCAUUAUCGACCACCACGACGAGGUAGUAAUACAAUGGGUGAAAGUGGUGGAACGUGGGGUGAUCCGCAUUUCAUUACACUAGAUGGAACAUCUUAUACAUUCAACGGUUAUGGAGAGUAUACUUAUUUGGCCAUUAGUAAUGACCCAAGAUCAUCAGAAACGUUUCAACCGUCGAUCCAAUCUCAUGUCUUUGUAUCACAAAUUCGUACUAUGCCACUUGAGUCAACUAAUGUUACUGUUACAAAAGGUUUUGCAGCUCAAUCAUCGCAUCCUGAAAGUCAACCAAUAAGUAUCACUGUUUCUCGUCGUGAAAAUCUUGUCAUGCGUCGUGGAAAUGAAGUUCUUGAGUUCGAAGACAACAUUCAUAUGCUAUUUUUUCCUGAAAUGACCAUCGAACGAAAUCCAACCGAUAGUAAUACUAUCAUUCUUUCGUGGACUAUAGGUGUAACUGUUCAGAUAAAACUCGUUUUAACGAUAUCACCUUCGACAGCACUCGUGCUUAAUGUAGCAGCGUCUGUAGCUGAAACGUUUCGUGGACGAACAUAUGGCCUGUUAGGUACUUAUGAUGGUAAUUCCACAAAUGAUUUACGAUCUUCAAAUGGAAUAAUAGUGAAUUCUAAUGCUUUACCAGAACAAAUCCAUCAACAGUUCGGUGUUACUUGGGCUAUUCGCCCAAAUGCUUCUGUAUUUUACUAUGACUUAGGUCAAUCAGCCCAAUUCUUCGAAGAUCAAAAUAGAUUAUUCGUUCCAUCUUUUACCGAACCUACCAAUACACCAACGCAAGAUGAAUCUGUUCGAGGUAUAUGCAAAAUUGAUCCGAAUUCUUUAUCAUCUUCAUGGAAUAUCGCUCAACGAACAUGUUACUAUGACAUGUCAGUUACAAAAGAUGAAACCUUUGCGCAAACAUCUUUUAAUAUUAGUGAUGAACUUUUAUCGAUUAAAGCUAAUUUACGAAAUCCACCUCUCUUUAAUAGUGAACUUCCUGUCUACAUGCAAGCGAAACAUAAUGAGCGAAUUCAUCUAAUAAUCGACGCAACCAGUAAUGAUUCCAUGAGCAAUAUUGUUCUAUCCGCUGAUCAUCUACCUCGUGAUGCUACGUUUAACACACAAACAAAGGUAUUUGAGUGGACAGCUAUUGAAGGGGAAGACUCUGUUCGAAUUCGAGCGAAGGAUUUAGCUUUCAAUUUAACAGCAACACACGAAAUUGUCUUUCAAGUAAAGCAAAUUAAUAAGAAUAAUGCCGCUCAUUCAGAGAUGCAAGGUGUUUUCCUCCUCUUGGUCGCAAUUCUUUGUAUGCUUUCUAAAUAA